CGACGGACGACGGAAACAAACAAAUUGCUCUAUUUGCACGUCCUGGCACGUACGACUACCGAAUUUCAAGGCAAAGAUUUUAUUAUUCGUUUUUACCUGUCUAAUCGUUAAAAACUGUUGUAAAGAUUGUUCUCAACCUGUUUGUGCUGUCUUCUUCUGUGAUAUAACGUAAAUAACAAUUUGUUGAUGAUGCAUGCUCCUUCAUUAUAACUAAAUGUUCGCUUCAUAACUUCGUUUGUUCGACUGCAAGCAAAAAUGUCUAACUUUGGUGUUGGAAUUUACAUUUUGACAAUAAUGUGGAUAUUAUCGCUGUUACUGUGUUGGGUGUCUGUGCGUACAGGCCAUUAUAUUGGGAAAAUAUUUUUAGCUAUCUGUAUUUCACUUACAAUCAUUCUAUUAUUGUUGCCAAAAGGAGAGGCGAAUUACUCACUCGGUGCCAAUCUUUACGACCAUUCGUUAGUGCCUCGCUAUACUAUUCUUUCGUUUUUGCUUGUCAGUGGAAUAGCUGGUUCCAUCUAUUGUUUCAUUCACAUUUGCCUUACCCCUGUUGAAACCAGAAAAGUCAAAGGUUUUGGUAAUCUGAAUUGAAAAAACUUAUUCAUUGUAAAAAAUGUCUAAUACAUUAUGUCAAAGUCUGAGAUCACCUAUUCGAAGUUUAGCAAAAUUGAGGCAAGCAAAAGGAAUUUCUACAUCAAUUGUUCACAAUGAGACCAUAUUAGUUAAGAAUAAUGAAGAAUUUGUAAAUAAGGUAAUGAACAGCAACAAAGCAGUUAUUGUGAAUUUCCAUGCAGAGUGGUGUGAGCCAUGUAAGAUCCUUACACCAAAGCUGAAGGAAUUAAUUGAGCCUCUAAACAAUCUGGAUUUAGCUGUGGUUGAUGUGGAAGAUAAUGCUGAUUUGGUGCACACUUUUGAGGUAAAAGCUGUGCCUGCAGUGAUAGCAAUAAAAAAUGGAUUAAUAGUAGAUAAAUUCAUUGGUCUGGUGGAUGCUGAUAUGAUCACCAGUUUGAUUGACCGCAUGGCAGGUAAAACCAAAGAGGGGGCGUAAGCUGCUUCUCAGAACUUGUAGAUAAAUAUUUAAUAGCAUAACAGUCAAUAUUCAUGUUAUAAUGUUGGAGUGACCUCCAGAAAAAAAUACCAAGAGACCACUCUUUCGGUGCAUAUAUUGUUUUUAAAAUAACAGUGACAUGAGAAAUUCAUAAAAUCUAAAAAUAUUAUGUUAUGUAUGUAUUUAAAACAUAAAAUUUAGUUUAUUAUAAAGUUAAUAUUACACUCCUAUAACACAUUAAAUCAUCACAAAUUGUUAUUUAAUGUUUUAUUUUAUAAAUAAGUAAUCAGGAUUUAUCACAAGUGCAAUAACAUUUGUGAAGUAGUUAGAAAGUCAUUGCCUAUGCUUGUUUGCAGUUGGUAUCUUUUUAGCUACCCAUUAUGUUUUUACAACUGAUAAUGACAAUGACAAAUAAAUUAUAAAGAGUUUUCUUGAAAAGACUGCUUAAGUUGGCAAGGAUAUCUUAUGCCGUCAUGAUUAUGAUACCUACUGUAAUGUUAAUGUAAUGUUUAAACAGGCAUUAGAAGCAAUUAUGAAUGUCCAGUUUAAUGUGAAUGAAUGUAAACGAAUUCUACUAUAAUUAUCGUUAAAGUAUUAAUGAUUGUGACAAAAUCUUUAAGUUAUAUAAAACGAAAUUUAAUUUUGUAAGAAUAUUUAUUAAAGUGAGAACCUAAAAUAUUGACUUUGGUUAUCUAACCUAUUAUAAUUUUCUAAAUGUUUUGCAUUCUAAAUUACGUGAUUUGCUUUAACGUACUCAUUUUGCAAAGUUGUAUUGACUGAUUUGCAUGGAAGAUUACUGAGAUCACAUGUAUUAUAAUUAUUGUCAUUGUUAGCAAAACAGUUGUAUCAAAUAUUGCCUGGCAAGCACUCUCCUGACCAGCGUUGCCAGUUUUUUUUUGCCGACUUGGCAAUUAGGAUUUAGGGACAUUUUGAGUGAAAAAAGCGGGAUUCUUUCGUCGAAAGCCCGAAAAAAGUAUAUAAUGAAGUUUUUGAAUAUUUAUCUUCUUAUUUGAGUUCAAAUUACGUUUACGUGACAAUAGAUAGGUACCUAGUAAAAAUAUCCAUAGAAAAUGAGUUUUUAAUAAAAAUAUGAUAUUUUAAAUCAGAUUUACCCUAUCGUUAAAUAGAGUUCGAGUUAUUCCCGAAAAGCGGGAUUGAUCCUGUCCCGCGCGGGACAUUUAAUUUUGUUUUAAUAAUCGGGACGUCCUGCCAAAAUCGGGACGUCUGGCAACGCUGGUCCUGACACAUAUUUGAAGUUGUGCUUGGCCGUCUAUCAACAAUACUGUCCUAGUAUCUUACUUUAAAAUUUCUUUUCAUACUUUUUAUUAUUUGACUGAGAGGUUUAGCACCUACUUCUUAAUCUGUACCUGUCUAGAGCAAAUUUUAAUGUAAAAUUAAAUUUGUUUUCUUUUGUACAUUGCUAUACUGUAUUAGAGUUAUUUGCGUGUAUUUUGUGGUGCUAAUUUAUACAUGUAAUUGAAGCUUUAACAAAAACAUAUCUUGUCUGUACCCUCAUUAACAUCGCAAUAGAACAAAACUUUAUAAUUUAUAUCAUUCUGAUGUACCUACUCUAAAUACCAUUUUUUUUCAAGUACUGAACAAAACAAGAAAUAUUUUAAAUAUUGAGGACCCACAAGUACAAUGGAUAUAAUUUGGACUUGAAUUUUCUUUGGGUGUUGGCCUCCUUCAAUUUAAAUCACUUUUCGAAGUCUCCUUGUCGAACACCCCUCCUCUUAUCCGAACUGACUGUUUGAUUUAUAGGCCACAUAUUCUCGAUAAUUGAUUUUUUUCCAUUGCCAACAAGAUUUUAACUUACCUAUUUCAAGAUACCAACUUAUAUCUAAUACAGUGUAUAAAGAUAUUCUAUCAUAAUCGCAGGAAACUCAAUUAUUUCUCAACUUACUAUAGUUAAUGUAUGUUAUUGUGCUUUUUAUCCGCACACGCCUUUGUACGUGACGCCUUUUAAAACGCUAGGUUUACUUUAUUGUGCUAAAUAUUAUCUCUAUAAUAUAUUAAGUACCAAAUUUAUUAAGUUAUUGUUGAGUAUUUAGGCUUUAGUAUGUACACUUCGUUACUAGAUGACUAUGUUGAAAAACUUGUAUUUACACAUGAUAGCAGAAUGACUAUGUCGACAAACUUGUAUUUAUACAUGAUAGCUGAAUGACUAUGUCGACAAACUUGUAUUUACGCAUGAUAGCAGAAUUUAAUUUUAUGGAUCAAAUAAUUCGUAAAUGAUUCAUAUAAUUUCUAAGAACAAAAAUUCUUACGACCCUCAAAUACGUAUUCAUCUGGUUGGUGUUGAUGUGUAACAUAUUCUACAAUAUUUAAAAUUGUGCGUCAAAUGUGCAGCUGUUGCUUAGAAAUACUGGCUGUCGCACUUUAGACAGAUUGAGCUCUUACAACGUCUGCGAUCGACUUAUGAUAGAAUGUACAGUGGGAACAAGACCUUGUAGCGUGUGGAAAAUAUCGGUAUAAAUAAAUCUCAUUUAUGUAAGAGGUGUGAAUAAAACCUUUUAUAUAUCCUAUUUUGUACUCUUUCCGAUUUGUUAUAAAUUAAUGUACAAAAGUAAUCCUCAUUCCACCCCAUCUAAAAUAUAAAAUUCUCGUGUCACGGUGUGCGUAAUUGAACUACUCCGAAACGGCUCGACCAAUUUUCGUGAAAUUUUAGGCGCUUUGCAGACGACGGGGCGGGGCGGGCCGGUCAAUUUCGCCGCGAAUAAUAGCACAAAGUGAAUCCUAUACUUCAAACGCACACAGAGGGCAAAAAGACCGCGCCGUAGAUGCCCGGCGGGCAGUGGCGGCGCGGCAUGUCCGCGGCUACCCGCCGUGGAUCAUACAAACCAGUUUAUAUGCAGUAAUGCAGACGGCGGCGCUGGGCGGUCAGCUCAGUCCGCGCCUCGCGUUUAUUAGUGAUGGACUAUUCACUAGAACGAACGUCCUAAACUGACCGCCUCUGCCCGUCGUGUGCUUUGUGUACGCGGCGCGGGCAGCCGCAGACAUCGACGGGCAGACGCGGUCUUUAUUGCUUCGCGGACAAAAUGCCCGCCCCGCCCCGUCGUCUGCUCAACGCCUUAUAUGCAUAUUCAGCAGGUCUGAGAAUAAGACAACAUCUAUUUUCAUCCCCCUAAAUGUUAAGGGUGGUCCACCCUUAAAUUAUUUUUUAUAAUUUUAUGAUACAUCAUACAAAAAUACAUACAACCCCUUAAUUUUCACCCUUCUACUACCAACCCCUAUUUUUUUUUAUGGCGGUACGAUGUCCGCUAGGACAGCUAGUCAUGUUAUAAAAAUGCCACAAGACCUUGGUCGCACUGCACGGUGAAUGUAAAUUGGAUAAAUCCAUGAAUUAAAGUCGGCGUAUCAAUAUCCGAUGUAUGUUAUUGAACUUUAAGUUAUCCUGAUAUUUUAAUAAUGAUAUUCCUCCAAUAAAUUAACAUUAUAUAAUAUUUAUUGCAAUUAGGUGCUUGGCAAUCCAUCCGAUUGAAAACCCCAUGCAUAUAUCAUUGUUAAUAUUUGUAUAUGCCAUAAUAUUGAUUGCUCUGCGAUAAUAUUCUGAAAAAUACAUUUUUCGUAAUUUAUGUUUUGUGCUAUAUAGAAGAAAAAUAAGUUAAUGGUGCAGUAGAAUGUAUUAAGUAAUAGAUUAUUUUCUCGUUUUCAUAUACAUACUGAUACAAUUUGGAUAGCAUCGAUCCUUGCAUAACAUGUGUGGAGCUGGCGAACAAAACGGUAUAAUUACGCAUAUGGUUUUGACCAUAUACUACUUUUUUUUACAGCCCGGAGGUUUUGGGCCAGCUGAAUUUGAAUUCCAACUCAUGUCAAUCAAAACAGCCUAAAAUUGUGUUAAAAUUACUUAAUCAAAAAACAAGCCAAAAGCUAACUGUAGGGAGACCUGAAACGGCUGCGAAACGUCAAUAAAUAAAGUUCGUGCAUUAACCCGUUAAAACUAAAUAAAACAUAUUUGUUUCUUAGGUUUUCACGCACAUCACUCAUUAAAUAAAACCGUUAAAACUAGUUUUAUGUAGGUAUGUCAUUCAGUUUUUUACUACCCUGUAAAAUUUAAUUUUAUGUAAUUAUAAAUAUAAAUAAAUAAAUAUUUCCAACACACACACCAAUUAGCCUAGCCCCAAAGUAAGUACUACAAGGCUUGUGUUAUGGGAUACUAGGGUAACGGAUAGAAUACAUAUAUAAGUAUAUUUAUAUAGAAAUACAUAUUAAACAUCCAGACUGGAGUACAAAUGCACGUAUUCAUCACACAAACAUCUGCCCCCACCGGGAUUCGAACCGGGGACCUCUCGAGUCGGCUCGGCCACGGAGGUCGUCAUUAUUAUACCGUUUUGUUUGCCAGCUCGUCAUGUACUACACCCUGCUCAAGAGAAAGUAUUAUUUUUCUUGUAAAUAGAUACCAGCAUUAGAUUGGUAGUAGCGAGCUUACCUUAGAAUUACGUCCAAAUAAUGACCAUAUUGGGUCCAGUUUACCUUUUAAAUGUAAAUUGCAUUUAGAUAACGACGUCUACAUUAGUGUAUAGUAUAUUAGAACAUUACCUUUUACUGUGUUAGAAAUGCGCAAACCACGACGUGGUUUAUACAAACUGCAGAGCCAGUCUCAUUAAUUAAUUAAGUAGGUUGUCAAGAGUUCUGUAAAAUUAAUUAAGGAAUUGAAUAUUAUAUUUGUUUCACAUGUAACAAAUCUCUAUGAACUGUAAAGAGAAAUAAAAUAUUUUCUUGGAA